AGCUCUUCAUUUAAAUAAGUUUUGGUUUGUAACUUUUUCUGAUUCAAAUGAUGGAGUUAUAAUCACAAUUAAGAUAUGAAUAAACAGUCAAGUUUAAACGAAUAACAUGGCAGGUCCAUUCUUCCGCCAUAAUGAUCCAAGCUCAAGUUUAAUUUCUUCUGUCAAAUCCUCAAAAUCAAACUGUCUGUUGAACCAGGUGCUUUGUACCACUUAUUUCAAUGAAGCUGUUGAGGACCAAACAACUUAUCCUUGCAACACAAGUCGUAAAGGUUCAGUCUCUAGUACUCAGAAAACCCCAUCUUCUCAACUUGGAAACACUACUUCUUUUAAAGCUUCAUCGUUCAACAAUGACACUUCCAGGCCAGAGUCAAGCCAUGCAAGCAAUUGGUUAUCCAAAAGCUCACCUGCUUCACAAGUUAUUAAUUCAAAAUCACAAAGACCUUCUCUUUCAAAAGCUAAGUCUAAAUCAAAUGUCAAGUCGUCCAACGUUCCUUUGACAAAGUUUUUUCGACCUACUCAGAAACCUAAUGUUUCAGAUGAAAGCAGAAUCAAUUUUGCACCUGAACCUGAAAAAAGAGAUCCCAUAUUAAUAAGCGAUAAUGAAGAAGAAGACGCAGAAAUUUGCUCCAACCGUGAUGAGGUCAUCAUUGAAGAUUCAUCCAGUGGAGAUGAGUUUUUGCCUCCUCCCAAUCGUAGUUUAAACAAUUCCUCAUUCAAGACUCAAACUUCUGGGAAAACCAAUUCAACUAGGUUGGCACCAACCACUUCCUAUACCACCCCGUCCUCUGGCUUUCCUGAGACCUCUUUGGAUUCCCAUCUUCCGAGUGAUAACACUGUUUCCAGAUCAACGAAUGUUCCUAGAUCCAGCACAGCAAGUACAGGAUUCAUACACAAGGAGCCAAGCGUAUCUCUGCUCAGACUAGUCAAACAGUCUCAGUCUGGUGGUGUCUCUAAGACAUGGGCCAAACUACUGCAUCAAUACAAGAAUGAAAUAAAAUUAGCUGAAGAAAACAAAGUGGUCAGGAAGUCUGAGUCAAUCACUCCUAGAGUUCCUACCACUUCCCAUCCUCGUAAUGCUGAUUGCGGGAGAUACAAUGAUGGGAUGUCACUAAACCAGGAGGAAGGCAGAGGUUACAACUUUUCCCCUCCAAAACAACAACAUCACAACAAUGAGUACAUGACAUCAUUAGAAGAUAAUGAAGAAUUCUGUAAUUUUUCCUCUCCUAGACAACAAAAUGAUGAUAAUAGUAGAUACAUUCCUCCGUUUGUGGAUAAUGAAGGGGCUUCUAAUUUUUCCUCUCCAAGACCGCAAAAUGAUGACAACAAUGUGGACUGGGGACCUGACUGGGGUCCAGACUUGGACUGUGAUCAAUUCCUGGAGUCGAUCACUCACUUGGAGGCUUCUACUUCAUCAGCGAAUAAAUCAGAGUACUUCCAAACCAACAGAACCUCUCUUCCUAGCAUCAGAGAGUCUCCUCAACAGCAGCCGGAGAUCAAAGACGACUCCGCUGAGUUCAACCACACAAACUUUCCACACUACCAGGAGAUGUUGAGGGUGUUCAGACAGCAGUUUGGGCUAGCCAAGUUCCGCAUGAAGCAGCGUGAAGCACUGAACGCCGCCAUGUUGGGGCACGACUGCUUCGUGCUGAUGCCGACUGGGGGAGGCAAGAGCGUGUGUUACCAGUUGCCCGCUCUGUUGCAGAGGGGUCUCACUGUAGUGAUCAGCCCUCUCCGCUCACUUAUACUGGACCAAGUCAACAAACUCAAGAGUUUGGACAUACCUGCUGCUUGUCUGAUGGGAGAUAACACACAGACUGAGACGAACAGGAUCUAUAGUGAGCUGGUUAGGGUCAACGGACCUGAUUUCCAUCUGUUAUUUGUUACGCCGGAGAAGAUAGUUGCGUCGCAGCGGCUGGUCGGUAUCCUACAAGGGCUGUUCAACAGAGGAUUGUUGGCGAGGUUUGUCAUUGACGAGGCUCAUUGCGUGUCUCAGUGGGGACAUGACUUCAGGAAGGACUACAAGCGACUAAGUCAGUUGCGUGAACAGUUCCCUGGGGUGCCCAUGAUGGCUCUGACAGCCACAGCCACUCUCAGAGUCAGGAAGGACAUCCUCCACCAGUUACACAUGACUAAUACCAAGUGGUUUGUCUGCAGCUUUGACAGACCUAACCUUGCCUACAGUGUCCGCUACAAGACCAAGAACACUCUGGAAGAGAUUAUUUCCUUCAUCAAAAAACAAUACCUAAGGAAAUCCGGGAUCGUGUAUGGUUUCUCUCGUAAGGAGUGUGAGACGACGGCUCGUGCUCUUCAGGCCGCUGGUAUACAGGCAGAUUGUUAUCACGCUGGGCUCAGCGACAAGCAAAGAGCUAAAGUACAGACUGACUGGGUACUCAAUAAGAUUAAGGUAGUGGUGGCUACCAUAGCGUUUGGUAUGGGUAUAGACAAGCCAGACGUGAGGUUUGUGGUCCACUACACCAUGGCCAAGAGUAUAGAGGGCUACUACCAGGAGGCAGGGCGAGCUGGCCGAGAUGGAGACACAGCUGUCUGUAUACUGUACUACAGUGUGGCGGACGUGUGCAAGCUGCGUAAAAUGAUAGAUAUGGACUCUGAAGGAACGAAGUCCUCGAAGGACACUCACAGAGACAAUCUACGACGAAUGGUAGAGUACUGCGAGAACAAGAGCGACUGUCGGAGAACUAUUCAGCUGCACUACUUUGGAGAGAACUUCAAAGGUCGCUGUCCGAACAAUCCAUUACUCGCCUGCGACAACUGUCUCUGCCAGGAGAGUUACAGAGUGGAGGAUGUGACAGAAGUGUGCAGAGCCAUUGUGAUGAUGGUGGCUCAGAUCUGUAACAAGUCUCAGUGGGAUAACUUCACCAUCAAUCACCUGGUGGAUGUCUGUAAGGGCAGUCGUUGCAAGAAGGUGGUGGAUAAUGGACAUGACACCUUGGAUGCGUUUGGCAGUCUCAGUGUUUGGGACAAGGUAGAUAUCUGCAGACUGAUCAACAAGCUGGUGAUGGACAGAGUGUUGGAGGAGUACCAUGUCACCAAGUAUGACAACACCAACUCCUACAUCAGACUGGGCCCGAGAGCUGAGAGCCUUGCUAACGGCCGAGACAAGGUUGAGUUCUCCAUACGCAAGCUUGCCAGGAAGAGUUCAGUUGUGAACCCAGCGGAGGGCAAUGAGGCUAUGAGUGAGAUGGAUGCGAUACAUGAGCAGUGCUUCAGUGAGCUGAUGGAUGUCGUAACGGCCAUCGCAGAGGUCAGCGGAGUCAACACAAACACCAUCAUGAACAUACAGUCUCUAAAAGGAAUGUCUCUGAAAUUACCUGAAACUAGAGAGGAAAUGUUGAAGAUUAUCGGUGUGACACAUGCUAACUAUGAAAAAUAUGGCAAAGAUUUGCUUAAAAUCACAAGCAAAUAUGCGGAGGAGAGAAAUAAGCUAAAUUUUGUCGAACCAAAGAAGAAGAGAUCUUUGUCUCCUACGUCCUUCAGGCCACACAACGGCCCUUCAAAACGAAGAAAAUCCUCUACAGAAGACUCUCCGGCAGGAUCCUACAUUGCUCCAUAUGCCGCCAAGAUGAAGAACAGAAAGUUUAAUCCACGCAAGAAGAAAUGGAAAACAACAAAAUCUAAGAAUGUUAGAGGUGCUAGCAACAGUAGGGCUAACCCCUCUAGUGGCUCUGGCUCAAGCAGUUAUCGAGCAACCGCCAGUGGAAAUCACAACACGUUGCAACCGAACCGGACUCUUCCUCCUACCAAGCGGCCCGGCUUCAUGCCCGCACCAAGAGUGUCCACGAUGAAUAAGUGAUGUAAAAUGUCAUCCUCAUAACAAAAUAAGAAAUGGAUUUUGGAAAAACGCCAAUCUGUGGAGUUAGACCUAUAUUUCUGAUUUUGAUUACUUUACAUUACACCUGCAGGUGAAGACAACACGGGAUGCUUGUAUAGUGUAAUGAACUUUCUUAAUUCAUAUUCAAGUUUGAAAUGAAUACCAAUGUAUUGCAGCUGGCUGAAAGGAACUGGUUUCUAGCAAUGAGCAGCCAGGAAAAAAUCUUAAGAUACAUAACAUACUGUUUUGUCAUAAAAAUGUCUUGCAGGUUGGUGGGUGUGAGCAUUGGAAUUUGACUCAUUCUAAGUCUGGUCCUAGAAAGAUGAUCAUAAUGAAAAUACUUUGAUUUAUCAUGAAACCAAUAGAUACCUAUAGAUAGAUACCAAUAGUGGACCUUUGGAUCAACAUUUUUUGGGAACAAUACUGAGUUUUACUGCUGCCAACAACCUUGGUUGGACUUUAAUUGUAAUCUAUUUUUAUUAGGAUAGUUUUUAAGUUAAAAAUGUAUAUUAUAAAAAUUUUAUUUUAUUUUUAAUUAGGUAGUUUUGUUAGUUUUGAAAUGUAUGUUAUAAAUUAGUUAUACAAACAGCUCUAUAGUAUUAUUUAUUGUAAAGGUCUUGAAGACAAAUUCAGCGUUACACAUUAUUUAUCUUCCUGGACGUAACUUGAACCAUUCUAUGAUAAAUUGGAAUUAAGUCAUCAGAGACUGUAAUAUGUCAUAACGAAGGAUUUAUGUAUUGUGACUAGUCCAACAGGAUAAUCAUUUGAGUUUUGAAUUGAAACUAAACACACAUGAUAUCAGUGUAGCCAAGCUACCAUUCAUAUUUUUAUAUGUCGUUAGUUUGUAAAAAACAUAUUUAUUAUUUUUAUAAGCAAAACGCCAAAAUCUCAAAAAAAUAUUGUAAUGUAAAUAAAUUGUUUUUAUAAAACUCAAUUUAGUUAACCAGUGCCUUUGUUGCAUUCAAUGUUCAGGACUAAGUGUAGUAAAUUCUUUUUCCUACAGUCACCUCACAAAGUUGGCUUCCUUGUACUGUUUAUAGUACAGAUUUCAGAAAGCUGCUAAUUGCUGCAUAUUUAUACUUUAUCGUACGUUUUAUACUUUGGCGCACAUCAGGAUUCCAACGAAACAACACAAAACAGCGCGGUUCUAUUAUGCACUUAAUCUGUGAACGCUUGGAAAUGGGUUGGCAUCACUUACUUUCUGGACUUUUCUUUUAAACGUUAUUAAAACAUUCCUACGAUCUUAAUAAACAAGAAAAUACCUUUAAAGCAUUUUUUAGGCGCGGUAACCACUGCAAAUUACAAAAAUAUACGGAACUAUUUUCUCAAGUCGCGGAGCACAUUGCUUGUCGAGGAACAAAUAGCGGAGUGAUACGGACCGGGGACUACUUUCUCUAGGGCACCUAUUUGUGUUGCCAGCUGAACCUAAAAAGUGAUGUAUAGUGUUUGAAAAACUAAUUAUUUAUAUGCUUUAUAGUGACUGUAGGAAAAAUAUAAUGUGUAACACGAGUGCAAAAGGCCUUUGCUGCACUCAAGAUCAUUCCGUAAAAGUUGCUCUUGUGUGCAGCAAAGUGCCACUUUGCUCACUAUAGUUUGGCCGCUUAGAAAACGACCUGCGCGCUAAUGCUAAAUUAAUGCUGGAGGAGGUCGCUUUCUAAGCGGCCGAACUAUAGUUACACAAAUAACUAUAGUAUGGAUUUUUAAUUAUUUGUUGUUAGAAUUAAAUAUUUGUAGUAAAAUCAAUAA